CUGGGGACCGGCCGGGCGCCUCAGGCGGAAGCGUGAAGGCGGAAGUCGAAGGCAGAAGCGCUACGGCGGCCGCGCGGGGUCAGGCGCGGUGCGGAGGAGCGGAGCGGGCACCAUGUCGGGCCGAGAGGGUGGGAAGAAGAAGCCGCUGAAGCAGCCGAAGAAGCAGUCGAAGGACCUCGACGAGACUCGUCGUUCUGACGGAAAAACUUACGGCUGUAAGGGGAGACGAGGUGACGCGCUGCCUUCCGUGGUCCCAGUUCUCCGUGCUGUUCCCCCGCUGGCAUUCCGGCUGCGGCCGCGGUCACUGCGGCAGCGCUGGGUAACGGAAAAGCCGGUGGCGCGGAGGAGGCCGGAGCGCCCUCGCCGAAGCGGCAGUCUAACGAAUUAACGGGUCACCAGAGCCUGGGACAGGACACGCAGCCUACAGAUCUGGCAUUUAAACAAAAGCAGAAGGAGGAGCAAAAGAAACUUGAGGAGAUGAAAGCAAAGGCUGCUGGAAAGGGGCCCCUCACUAGUGGUGGAAUAAAGAAGUCUGGCAAAAAGUAGUUUGAUCAAACUGCGGGAUAAGAAGUGAUCGAGUUACUCAAUGGACCUGCAGACUUCAGAGUUUCAUGAAAACUCACUGUCACUUGGGAAACAUUGUACAUUUUGUUUAGUCUGAAUAAAUCUUUUUUGUUAAGAUGUAA